UUUCUCAAAUACUGGUGGCGCUGUCAUCGGAACCCGGAACGUGCGGCGGUACUCGGCGGUCGGCGAAUUCGUCGAGGAUCUGAAACUUAAGUUAUUGGGAAUGUGAAGCACACUCGUGCAAGACCGUUUGACGCUGCUGCCUGUUGCUGCGGGGCAACGGCAUAAAGCCCACGAGAAACACUUGCCACGGCUGCUGGCAGAUCAACUCUAAAAAUGGACUCCAAAGAAAUGAAGCAAGCGCUGAAAGACGCAAGAGACGCAAUCAGACAAAAGGAAUUCAAAGCUGCUUUGAAGCACUGCAAGACUGCCUUGAAAGUAGACAAAGAAUGCUACAUGGCUUGGGUGUUUGUUGGAGCAGCAGCACAAGAAAUUGACCAGUUAGAGCAGUCAGUUGCUGCUUUCAAGAGGGCUUGUGGCAUUUCUCCUGAUCAAAUCCUUGCAUGGCAGGGUCUCUGUGCACUGUACGAGAAGCACCAGAGCUUGGGAGAUUUUGAAAAUGAUCGCCAUUCCGUAUACAUAAAGCUGAUCGAGCUCACCCAGAAUGAUGCUACAAAGCAAGUUGAAAUAGCUGAUAAACUCACAAGUCACUACAAGAACAUUGGAAAUGUUUCAAAGUACUUGAGUACUCUAGAAGAGUGUACUAAAAUAAUAGGCACCAAACCAGAGACCACGAAGUUAUGGCAAUCUCUUGUGGACUUCAGCAGUAACAAGCUGACCACAUACCCCAUGAAUCAUCAGGAGCUGCUUGUGAAGGCUUAUGCACACCUGGCCUUCUCUAGUGAAACAGAACGUCCCCGCAGAGAUGCGCUGUGCCGAUCCUAUGUGGAUGCUCUGUUGAAGACAGGUCACAAGGAUGAUGUAAUCAGUGAGGCCCUAAGGUUUGGUGAGAGUUUUCCGGAGUCAUCAGUUCCCAUGGAAGUCAUCAGUGGGAUGUAUGUGGAUAUGACUCUUAGCAGUUGGGAAGAGCCGAAGCCUUCAGCAGAGAUUGACAAAAUCGAGGAACUUAUUGAAAAGCGCCCCAACCUUCAGGUCGGGUGGUUAGCAAAAGCGACCCACCUGUAUGCUUCCGGGAAUACAAAUGACGCUUUUGAAGCUCUUGCAAAAGCUGUGGAGGUUGGGCGUAGCUCGAGGGAGGCAAGCCUGUUGCUCUCCUUGUGCAGCCUGCAGACACGCAACUUCCGCAAGGCCGAGGUGCAUGCCCAGCAUGGUCUUUCCUUAUCACCAGCAGGUAGUGACUGGAUGUCCCAAAAACUCCUGCUAUGUUUGGCUCAGUCUCUGUGCGCACAGCAGUGUCACGAGGAAGCGUCGGCAGCUUUGCAAAAGAUCGGAGAGGAACAUGCGAGACAGCCUGCAGUCCUGUGGUGCUCCUUUGAAACUGCUUUGCAGUCUCGUAGCUUUGACAGAGCAGAAGAGGUUCUCAGCACUUUGCAAGACAGUGGUGUUGAAAGCUCAAGGAUAAAAUAUGCACAAGCCUGGCUGCUUAUACAGCGUGAAAGAAUAACAGAGGCACAAGAAGUCCUGACAAGUUUGGGAGAUAAAUCACCAGAGGCCACCUACCUGCGUGCCCUCGCUCACUGGAAACUUGGUCAACAUGAUGAAGCUGUACCAAUCUUCCUAGAAGCAGCUCGCUUGGAUCCCCAGGACUACCGCAACUUCUUGUACCUUGGAAGACAUUAUUUCUAUCACCUUAAAGAUGUUCAGAAAGCAGUUAGGUGUUUUCAGAAAGCUUUUCAACUUAAUCGAGCCAGCGAGGAAGCGGGGUCUUUACUAAGUGAUGCCCUGUGUGACCUGGGUCAGCACGAACAAAAUGUUAAAUUCCUGGAAGCAAUUACAAGUCAACUUCCUGUAAAGAGAGUGAAGUGGGCCUGGUUAAGGCUUGGUCUUCAGCAGCUAAGACUUGGCAAUGCCACAGAAGCAGUGCAGUCUCUACAGAACUCCCUUCGAGCUGAUCCCAGUGACAAGUCUUGCUGGGAAUGCCUAGGGGAGGCAUACCUCAUGCGGGACAGCCUUGGUGCUGCUCUUCUGUGUUUCAAGAAGUGCCUUGAUGCAGAUCCCAGAGACCUUUUCUCACUAUACGAGACAGCCACAAUCAAAUCCCGACAGGGCCUGCACAAGGAGGCUGCAGAUAAUUUUCAAGAAGCCCUCGAUGUCAAUCCAGAAUAUGUUCCCGCAAUCAAAGGUCUGGCGGAGGCCAGGCUAGCACUGGCGCGAGAGCACUUGGAGCAAGGGCUUUGUGGUCUUGGCCUGGAUGACUGCCAAGUGGCAUUGGACGCUGCUGCUAGGGGCUUGACGCUUCAGGGUCGGCUCGUGUGCCUGUGGAAGCUCAUGGGUGACAUUUGCCUAGUCCCUGCUGUGUAUGGAAUGAACUGGGCCUCACUGAAGCUUCCCGCUUCCUUGAUGCAAGGGGAGCAGCAGGAUAGUGACCAGGAACAGCUUAUAAAGGCAUCCCAAAAGUGCUACAUGACAGCCCUGGGAAUGAAACCGCGGCUGGCUUCUUUGUGGCAUGACUUGGGUCUGGCUCUGUGGGUGGAAGCACGUCUUCAGAAGGGCAGUUUUACCAAAGCUUUAGCCAGCGUGCGCAAUGCUGUUACCUUGAGUCCCGACUCCUUUUCCUACUGGAACAGCCUUGGGGUACUGGCUGUCUCCUCAGGCCCAGAAAAUUACGGUCUGGCUCAGCACUGUUUCAUAAAAUCCCUCGAGUUAGAGGGUAAUAACUUGUAUGCAUGGACAAACCUUGGUGCCUUGUACCUCCUGGCUGGCAAUGUGCAGUUGGCGUAUCAAGCUUUUGCGAAAGCCCAGUCUAUAGAGCCAACAGCGAUGCGGCCGUGGGUGGGGCAGGCAUUCAUUGCCGAAAAAGUGCAGCAUCAUGACACUGUCGACCUGUUCAGACACUGCAUGGGACUUGGAAAUCACGGCGAUGCAGCUCGUGCCUAUGCCAGCUGGCUAUGCAAGGAGCCUGGGCUAACUGUUGCUCAGAAGCACGGCAGGGAUACAUUAGUUGUUGCUUCUGAUGCUCUUUCACGUACUGUCAAUUUGGAAGGAGCCUUGGAUCCCGCAGCACUCAACAUGUUAGGCAUUCUGCUAGAACGCCAAGGACUACUGAGAAGUGCCAGGGAUGCCUAUAAAAGGGCAUUGAUGUUACCUGGCCAAGCUGAUGACAAUAUCAAUUGCAUUCGUGUGAACCUGGCACGUGUGCUUUGCUCUCUGGGUUGUUACGAGGAAGCCAUUCAGCACUGCCUGCAAACAGGUUCACGCACACAGGAUGUGCUUUGCCUCCUUGGUUUUUGUUAUGGAAAGCUGGGCGAAUAUUCUGAAGCCUUAAAAGUGUAUGAAGAAGCUUUGUCAAAAAGUCAACUUGAGAAGAAGGGCGGAGUGGAGCUAGGCAUGGCCAUGGUCACGUUGAAGGCUUCUGGUGCAGCAGCUGCUAAGGAUUUCCUCCAAAACAGGUUAGGUGGCAUGCCACAGUCUCGUGAAUCUCUGGAGGCUCUCUUCUGCCUGUCCUUGCUUGCUGGAGACAAUAGUACCUGUCGCAGUUCCACUCAGAAGCUCAUGGUACUGAGUAAAAGUGGCACGGCACUUCACGAGAGGACUGCAUCACUGCUCUGCUGCCAGCAGUUUAUGAAGGGUGCCGACGCUCGCCAAGCCUGUCGUGUACUCAGUAGCGCUGUGCACUUGCACCCAGACAAGGGCUCCUUGUGGUCAGUGUUAACCCAGGCCCUGCUGACGGAAAAGAGACCCAGUGCUCUGUGCUGUGCCUUGGCUGGUCUCAUUCUUGGAGAACACUCUCCACGCCACAUGGCCAUGCUUGUGCUAGCUAGGCUGAUGCAAGGAAAGUCCAAGGAAGCCCUGAGAGUUGCUCAAAAGAUGGUAUUCCUCUACCCUGACUCUCACUCUGGCUGGGUGCUCCUUGGACUUGCUAUAAGCGAAUGCCAAGUUGUGGCUGACAAAGCUCUGCAGCAUGAUCGCUUUCUACUUGGUGCCGACGCUUCGUGGAAACUUUGGUCCAACCUGGUUCAAGUGCAGUAUGCCUGCAAACACCAUCGAUGGCAAAAAGUGUCAGAGCUGGUGCUUCUCGUUCUCUGGGGAUUUGCAGGCAGCCCAUUUGUGUCCAAGUCACUGAAUGUGUUGCAGGCAAUUUCAGAAUUACUGACAAAAUCGACACAUCUGGAGAAGGCCUCUCUGGGUUCUAUUCAAAGUGUAGUCGAGUCCGAGGACAUAGCUACGGGAUGGCAGAUGCUCUCGAAGCUGCAACAGAGAACUGCAGACUACAGCGGGGCUAUUGAGUCACUUGAAAGGGCAAAGAAGUACGACGGCAUGAAAGGGAAGAUCCUGGAGUUAGAACUGUGCCAAGCCUGGCUGUCCUUGCGUUCUGCAAAGAUUGACUCGCACCAACGUGAAGAGAUGCUAAAGGCUGCCCUAGGUCAUCUCAACACGGCACUGAGAACGAAUCCCAGGUGCAAAGCAGGCCACAUGAUUCUUGGUGUUUGGGCACUGGAGAAUGACAAUUCUAGGCUGGCUAAGAAGAGCCUCGAGCGAGUGACGAGAUUUCAUGAUGGCGGAAUCUCCUGGAUUCAGUCUGCCACAAUGAAACUGCUGCUUUUGCACUACUUGGAAAAGAAGGAUGCUGACGCACUGAAGAAACUGUUACCUCAAGCGGAGAAGUUGGACUUGCAGUCACUUCUGAGUGAAGAAAACAGAGAGCAGCUCAUCUCACUGGGCGUUUUAUUAAUGCCUCAGAAUUAAAAAAGCAUUGAUAUACAUUUUCUGGCAAUAAAUGUUUCCUUUGCUUCA